AUGUCGAAAUACCUGAAGACCAUACGAAAGAACAAACUAGAGUUACCCAAUAAAUAUAUAGUCACAAACGCGGCACAGCUUAUAGAAAAUAUGACGCCCUUACAUAUCACUAAUAAUAAUAAAUUGGUAUCAUUUGAUAUAAAGGGUCUUUACCCGUCAAUACCAACAACAGAGACAAUGGAUAUUUUAUUUAGAAUAUUACUCGGCAAAACGGAAAAGAAAAUCGCAAAAGACAUUAUCAAUACUUUGAAGACUACGAUAAACCAAAAUUAUUUCCGAUUUAACAACAAAAUAUACAGGCAAAUAAAUGGACUAGGAAUGGGUAACCCAAUAUCGGCUCUACUCACGGAGGUGUUCAUGCAAAGCCUAGAGGAGAAAUAUAUGGAGCAUUUCACAACCAAUUUAGGGGUCAGCUUCUACGCUAGAUAUGUGGACGACAUAAUAUGCAUAAUAACGGGGGACAAAGAGGAGCAGAUAUUAUACUACCUUAAUGAACAACACAAAAAUAUAGCUUUCACGAUGGAUACNAUCUAA